AUGCCAACUACUAGCUUUUCAAUUUCCUUUAUACCAGCAAUAUCGCAGUCUCUUCCUCCUUUAGUACUUACAAAAUCAGCAAAUAUAUCGACUUCCCAUCGUGGAUUACCUCCUAUGACAUUACUACAACCACCACAACAAGUAGUCCCAGCAUCAUUGAAUCAGCCAACGAGUUCAUUACAAUUACCAGCUUUACCUCAGCAAUGGCAAGGUGCAGAAGAGUCGAUGAGGAAUUGGCUCCAAGCAAAGGCUGAAGAGGACAAACGAAAGCAGGAGGAGAAGACAAGACAAGAAGCACUUAGGUUGAAGCAAAGGAAGAUCGAGCAAGAUAUACUAAGAACUUCUUUGGCGAGAGGAAUCCCUCUAUAUAUGAUUCCUAUGAUUUUUGCUGGAAUGGGUGGCGGCAACUUAUCAAACGCUAGCUUAGAAUGGGCUCAACACUACAUGGCGCAAGCACAUCAACUGCAACAACAACAACAAUAA